AUGGACUUUGUUCAUGUCCUGCUGCCUGAAGUUCAUUCUUUUGCUAUGGACGUUGCCCAGGAGCCUGCAAAUGCUGGACCCAGAAUAGUCCCAUUGGUUUUGGCUGUUCUUGCUGUGACACCUUUUGAUGACCGUGACCAAAUUGAGAGGGCUAUAAUGGAAUCUGGGCAAGUCUUUAAUCCAGUCCCGGCUGCCAAAUCCUCCAUUGCGGGGCUCAAGAAGGUCAAGAUUGACAAUUUGAGCGUGACAAAGGAAUGUAGCAUCUGUUUGGAAGAGUUCUCUGCUGGGUUGGAGUGCGUGUUGAAUUGGAUUGCCAAAGUUGCCACAUCUCGUGGUGCAUACAGCAUAUUGGCUGUGUACAUUCAAGAACAAGAAUUUGCACAUCAGAUGCGAAGGGGUACAUUCAGAACAGAUCAUGAAGUGCUGAUGAAGCUGAAAGCACUCGUGCAUUCGCCUUUUAAAUGCAAAAAACAUGGACAAAGUUCGGCUCCUGUGAUGAUCCUUGUCCAGUGA